AUGUCGGCUCUUCACCCUUUCGAUCCCCUCACCCCGAGAGAAAUCACCAAGGCCGCGCAGAUAACACGAGCAACAUUCGAUGGGGAGUUUCUCAAUUUUCGAGUUAUAACCCUCCAAGAGCCGGCAAAGCGGGAAAUGGUUUUGUUUCUUGAUAGAGAGCACAGUGGACAGACCCAGUCCUCUCGCCCUGCCCGAACGGCGCGCGUUCAAGUGACCGCCCGAGGCAAGUCAGGACCAAGCAAGCUAAUUGAGUUAUUGGUGAAUCUCGAUGCAGAAUCUGUCAUCGAGAAACAGCAUCUUGUAGGAAAGCACCCCUACAUCGAUUCUGCUUAUAUGCAGGCCGCCGAGAAAGCAUGUAGAGCGGACCCAAGAGUCCAGGCUGAGAUCGAGAAGCUGAAAUUACCGGAUGGGGCCUCAGUUAUGAUUGAACCAUGGGCAUAUGCCACAGAUGGGAUGAAGGAUAUGUCCGAAAGGACUACCAUGUGUUGGUUUUAUAUGCGCCUUCUGGAUCAUCCCGACGCCAACUACUAUGCAUAUCCGCUAGAUCUAUGUGCGGAAGUGUCCGAGCAGCUGAAGAUUAUCAAUGUUUAUCACUUGCCUUCCGCAGAGACGGAGCGGACCCGUGAUGAGGCUCGGCCAUACGAUCACAGCAAGGUGCAUCCAACUGAGAGGAGUGAAUACCAUCCUGAUUUGCGACCGCCGCCACGUACAACAACUAAGCCCUACCAGGUCGUGCAGCCCGAAGGGCCAUCUUUUAAAGUCGAUGAAAAUCGACUAAGCUGGGAGAAGUGGACUAUGCGUGUGGGAUUUAACUAUCGCGAGGGUCUAACCAUUCAUGAUAUCCGGUACGACGGCCGCAGUCUCUUCUACCGUCUGUCACUAUCGGAGAUGUUCGUGCCCUACGGCGAUCCACGGAUCCCAUAUCCUCGCAAAGGGGCCUUUGAUUUGGGCAAUGACGGGGCUGGUAUCAACGCAAAUAAUUUGCGUCUUGGGUGCGACUGUCUCGGGCUGAUCAAGUACUUCGACGGCUGGCACAACACCGCAUCAGGCGAGCCCCUGAAGCUCCCGAACGUGGUGUGCUGCCAUGAGCAAGACGAUGGGAUCCUAUGGAAACACACCAACCACCGGACCCAGAACGCCGUGGUGACGCGCUCGCGGAUCCUGGUGCUGCAGACCAUUAUCACGGUCAGCAACUACGAGUACAUCUUUGCCUUCCACUUCAGUCAGGACGCAUCCAUCCACUACGAAGUACGCGCCACGGGAAUCCUAUCAACCUGCCCUAUCAACUCAACCGAUAAUGUCGGCUACGGCACCAUCGUGGCGCCGGGCGUUCUCGCCCCCUACCACCAGCACCUCUUCUCGCUCCGAAUCGACCCCGCUAUUGACGGGCAGCGAAACUCCCUGCAAAUCGAAGAGUCCCACCCACUGCCAAUUGACGAUCCAACCGUCCACAAUCCCAUCAGAGUGGGGUACAGCACAAAGGCCUCGAUCGUGUCGGCCGAGGGCGGGCUGGACCUCGACGUCGCCACGAACCGAACGUUCAAGAUCAUUAACGAGAACCAGAUCAACCCGAUCACAGGCACUCCGGUCGGUUUCAAGCUGCUCCCGUGCUACAGCCAGCUGUUGUUGGCGCACCCGCAGUCGUACCACGCGCGGAGGUCCGAAUUUGGCGGGCACGCCGUCUGGGUCACGCGGUACCAGGAUGACGAGGUGUUCGCCGCGGGGCGGCAUACGAUGCAGUCGGCUGGCGGGGAGGGUAUCGAGUCGGCGAUUGCACAGCGUGCGGGGGACCCGGCGGGGUCGUCAGUACGCAAUGAGGAUAUCGUGGUUUGGCAUACGUUCGGGUCGACGCAUAACCCGCGCAUUGAAGACUGGCCCGUCAUGCCGUCGGAAAAGAUGGUGGUCGGGUUGAAACCGGUCAAUUUCUUCACGGGCAAUCCUGGUCUAGACGUGGCGGUGUCGACGCAGGAGAAAAACCGGAGUGUACUGGUGGAGGAGUCGCCGUCCAAGUCGGGUGUGUGCUCGCGGCUGUAG